CCGCAUUCGACAUAAGUUGAGGCGGAAUUAUUCUAGUGCACAUGCAUAUCCCCAUAUCCCAUAUGAAAACCGUUCUUGUAUUCUCUCACUCAAACCAUAUUUGCUUAUAGAGAGAACACAGGACUACAAAACCCUUUCGAUGGCCUCCUCGUCGCCCGGUCCCGCGCGAGAGCCGCGGUCGCGCGCGCUCCUCGUCGGUUGCAAUUACCCCAUGCGCACGGCCUACCUGCACGGCGCAGUGGCGGACGCGUUUUGGCUCGCCACGGUUUUGAAAGAUUCUUUUCUGUUCGACGAGAUCAAGAUUCUGCACGACCAUGACGUGAAACGACCGAAAACCCGGUCAGCGUGGAACCCGAAUGCGGACACGAUGCCCACGCGGGAAAACAUCCUGCGCCACCUACAGUGGCUGGUGGAGGGGAGCGAGUGCGGGGACUGCUUGGUCUUUUUCUUCAGUGGGUUCGGGGUCCUGGUCGACGACGUGACGGGCUACGAACACGAAGGACUGCAGGAAGCGCUUUUGGCAACCGACGAGUACCAGGAACAGGGCUUGGUGCUGCUGCAAGAGGUGCAAGACAUCGUGAUGAACAUCGCGCCGGGCGUGCACUUGACCUGCUUCUUAGAUUGCGACCACGCGUUGACCCUGGUGGAUCCGGUCUGCGGACAGUAUGAUUUUUUCAAUCGCGUUUGGUUUUGAUGGAGUUUUUUCCUGUCAUGCAUCGAUUCGUCGCUGAGUGCCACUGAUUCACAAUGAUUUUUUCCCAACUUAUUGUAGAACCGCCCGCUCCUCCGCCUCCAGCAGUUCGAACACGAAUAGCACGCUUUGCCACCACCGGCAGUACCCACCUCCUCAUGCACUUCCUGGAUCGUCUACUGGUUUCGCGUCCAGCACCAUCGCCGAUAUUCUCACGAAGAAGACCGCGUUGUGCGGCCUCGUGUCUGUCGGGUACGCGGAGCAGCGGAUUCAGUUGCCAAACGAAAACUACGGCGGCCAUAACCCGCACGUGUGGAACAACGAAUAUUGCAAAAGGCAGCUGCAGAAAGUGAAGCCGAAGUACGUAUCAAAAUGAAAAAUCCCCCCUCCCCAUAUCAAAGCGGAAAUUUGUGAUGCUGAUUUGUGACCAUAAAUCAGCUUUGUAUUGCAGAGAGGCACUGCGGCCAGAUCCCCAGGCUAGGUAGGGGCGUAUGGGUCUAGUAGUUCACCAUGGCAAAUGGCCCCCCUUUAGGCCCAGCAGCAUGACAAAUCGCUAUCAUAAAGGGGCGGAAUCUUCUGCCCUUGUCUUCUUGCAAGACAGAUGUGAUUUGUGACCUUCUUGCAAGACAGAUGUGAUUUGUGGAUCUCCUUCGGGAGUCAUCCGUUAAAAUUGGAACGAUACAGAGAAGAUUAGCGUGUCCCCUGCUCGCUUACAGUCAUAGUUUUGGCUCAGACUUGGGACGGGGGCCGUGCCCUUGACAUUGCAACUGUGGCAAUGUCGCUGAACGCUUGAGCCCACACCUGAGAGACGAUGUCUUAGGCAGCAUAGCCCCUGCGCAAGGAUGACACGCACAAAUCGAGAAGUGUAAACAAUUUUUCUACAAGGCGACGCGGCUUCUUGCGGCGGCUCUCUGCUGCGCUGGUUCGAGCUCGUCUUCUGCCACGUAUGGAAUUCUUUGUUAAGCGGACGGCGUCGUGGACAUCGUGUUUCGUGGGUGCCAGCAAUACUUCCUUGUUCGGUUACCAUGCAGACAAGUCUGAGUCAGACCACAAGCGUUCUGGCCCGUUCGCCGCCACAAGCGCAGGCAAGGACUCCCACAAGCGUGAGGUCAGGCUUGUAGGCAUGGUAGGUGGCCGGUCCCUGUGCGGUGGGGCUCCUUAUGGUGGUGGGUUGCCUGCGGCGGGUUGGUGCGGGUUUUCGGGUUCGUCUUCUGCCGCGUAUGGAUGUCUUUGGCGAGCGGUCGUCGUCGUGGACCUCGGGUCCCGUGGGUGCCAGCAAUACUUCCUCCUGCGUGUACCAUGCAGACAAGUCUGAGUCAGACCACAAGCGUUCUGGCCCGAUCGCCGCCACAAGCGCAGGCGCGGACUCCCAAGAUGCGUUGAGGUCAGGCUUGUAGGCAUAGUAGCCGGACCCUGUGCGGUGGUGCCCUUUUUUUUUGGCGGUGGCGUACUUGCGGCGGGAUGCGUGGCGCGGUUUUCCUGCUUCUUCUUCAGUAGCGAUGCGUCCCAGAAAAGGAGCGGUGGGUCAUACGUGCGCGGCGGCGUCGGCGCAUUUGGACUUGAUCGCGAACGUUCUCUCGGGAGAGGAGGACGUAGCUUCACUCCCUAACUGGCUACACCUCCUCUCUAGCGGCUCUCGUGCUCGCGGUGGCUGCAGUAUCGGCGGUUCUGGCCUACGUUGCUAUACGGAACCUGCGGUGCGUGGACACGGAGGUGGACGACUUUACGCUGGAACCAUGGGGUCCUGUUGCUUCUCCUGAGCGAGGCCGUCUUGCCUUCCACUCAGGGCUCUCGUGGAUUGAGCCUGGCGGGAAAUUCCCGUUGCGCGAGGCUCUUGCCAGGAGUUCGUCCACGCUUGCCGACGCUGCUUCGGGGGUAGACGGGGUCAGGGUGGCUAUCGGAGCUUGCUCCGGGGCUUGCGGUGUGGGGGCGGGUUCAUGGGGCUGUGCCCGGGCUCAGCAAGGGUUCUUCCCCUGUCUGUGCUCCCUCGUGUUCACGCUCCUGUGCUGCUUGACUGGUAGUCAUUUUGGCUUUUGUUUUUCCUCCGUCGCUGUCGUUUGGUCCCCAGGGCUGCUACGGACAGGGCCCCCUGGGUUACCUCGGUCGAGUGGUCGUGCGGUUCGGUUCUCCUAUGCCCAUGCCUACCGUGUACUUGCCGCUGGGUACUGGUAGAGCGUCUCUUUCGUCAGACUGUUUCGCUUCGGCGAAACGACAUGACGAUUGUUUGGGGAGGUUCCUAACGGUCCCCUCAGGGCAUUGCCUCGUCGCUGACCUGUGGAGAAAGGCGGUUCAGGUCAGCUUCGGGAAGGGUAUCCGGAGUUGAGUUAGCUUCGGCUUUCUCUUGUGUAUUCGAGGGCAGUGGUUGGCGGAGGUUGUUGGGAUGUUCCUAAACAGUCAUCCCAGAACAUUUGUGUUCCUUUCUGACUUCCUCAUUUCCUGUGCAGUAUUUUACUGCAUAUACAGGCGCCACCCUCGUUUAUCACCUCCAGGGCUACGUGCGACCCCUCCGACGCUGCGUGUGGAAGGAGGAAGUUCGGCGUGUCGGGUGAGGGACCCCCGACGUCUGGCCUACGGAUAUCAUGGGGAACUAAGGCUCAAAUCCGCAACACAAAUUCUUGGAAACAUACCGCUUCAAUAUGGGGAGGGGGGAUUUUUCCUCUCAAUAGUACGCCCGGCGCAUGGACGUGGACUUGACCCACGACUUCAAGCAGGACCGCGACACCACGCCCUUCCGACGCCGCAAUUACCUGCGGCGGGCCGCUCCGUUUGUGUUUUCGUACUGCGCGGCGAGCUUCGGGCAAACUGCGCUGGAGUUGCACUUCGCGGAUGUUGGGCGCGAGCACGGGGUCUUUACCUACUGCUUGGUCAAAGCGCUCGAGAAAAUCCAGAUAUUCUGGAGAAAGACCACAACGAGCGGAACUGCAGCGAGCGCGCAGUCGGCGGCCGAUCAUAAAACCACUGUAACUGCUGGCGGCCGAGGACUAGUCCAACAUCAGCAUGGGUCGCCGUCUCCCGCGUCAAAACUGCGAAGCAAGAAAGCGAAACCGCAGGAGUUUCAGAUUGCGGGGAAGCGCAACUACGAGGCACGUGACGCAACCCAUGCGGAUUUGUACGACGCAAUCCGGUUCGAAAUGGACGAGUUGCGGCGAAAACUGAUCCCGACCCUGGACCAGGAGCCGGUGCUCACCUGCACGAAGCCGUGGUGCGACGAAAACAAAAUGAUGGUGCUCCAGCCAUUGACGGCAGAGAUGUUGCCGAGGACGAUGAACGCAACCAUGCGAAAGCAGGUGCUGCGGUUUUUCGGGGUCUCGGAAAGUGACUUCUUGGCGAGCAGCGAUAGUGGUUUUCCACGGGGUCUUGGGGCGGUGGAUGGAAAGGAACAAGACGCUAGCAUUUUUUCGUGGCUCUAUGAGCUGCUGGCUGGCGGCUCGAGUCACACGCAGUCGCAACUUGACACGUCUGAUACGGGGAAGAUGGACAUUACCGCAAAGAGGCCCACGGGUGGAACACCGCGAGAUUCUGCCUCCCUGGCCCCAAGUGACGAGGAUGAAGAGGUUUGCAUCUUCCGUCUUUAAACUGAUCUGUUUUCUCAUCUUUUUAAGACAUCCUUGGCAGCUUCAGGAUCACUUUGGAGCUGUGACAAAAAUGUAUGGGUGUGUAAUCAUCAUCAAUUUCCAGGCCAUUCCGGAUGAGCGCGCUGCGGGGCUGAAAACCACGCACGAGUCCGUUUUGCCCUCCUCAUUUUUUCCCGAGGCGGCGAAGGAGCACAGUCUCGCGAUUUUCAACUUCGAGCCGCCCCAGCCGCUGGUCUCUUCUUUGUCCUCGCAGGGAGACGUGUAUAAUCGAAGAACUUUUACCGCAGUCGAGCCGGACCAGCAAAUGCCUGAAACGGCAAGCAGCGCCCCGAGCGAGGGGUACUACGUGUGGAACAAUUACGGAGGUGGGGGUCCUGCGGCUCCAGUAUCUGCGCGCGGAACAAACGGCGAUCUUAUGGCAGGAUACCCCAACCUGUUCUACACUGCAGGCGCAAGUGGUGGCGGCAAAACAGCAGGCUCUGCUUUCGCUAGCAGUACAGCGCCGCAGUCACAACCACCUGUAGUAGGUACAACAACUUGGCGGGCAUCAGCCGGAACACACAGUCAGGGGCCGCCGGAAGGAGCUACUGCGUUUGAGACCACCAGCAGCGCCUCAUCCGCAUCGGCUGGCUUCAUGCAGCCACCGACAUUCGCGUUCCACAGCACGAACUUGCUGAAAUCCGCGUCAAAACAAGGCAGCGGGGGCGCGAAUCCCGGUAGUGCUAUGAACCUUCCAGGCUUGAAUACCAUUGCAACAAGCUCCUCAGGAACAUUGAAUUCAUCGGCAACGGUAGGCAUAAAACCCGUGAUGCCGCUCUCCGCUGUAGGCAUGAAACUGUCCACAACCAGCCUGGCCGAAGCUCCGAAGCUUUCUUCCAGAAUAGCUCCAAUGCAAAUGCCAACCUUGAAGGUUUUCCGCUCUUAGCGCAUUACUUUCUCUGUGCCGUUUUCCAGUCGGUCAGCAACACCAGCUGCGAGAAAACUCC